AUGACCACCGAGAUCCUGCGCUCCAUGCUUUAUCGGGCUGCUGACAUCAUCAAAGACAUCGAAUGGACCACAGAGAUCAUGCGCUCCAUGCUGUACCGCGCUGCUGACAUCAUUAAGGACAUUGAAUGGGUGGUGUUUGACGAGGUGCACUAUGUGGUGUUUGACGAGGUGCACUAUGUGAACGACAUGGAGCGCGGGGUGGUGUGGGAGGAGGUUAUCAUCAUGCUGCCUCCCCACGUGGGCCUCAUCAUGCUCUCCGCCACUGUACCCAACACCACAGAGUUUGCGGAUUGGAUCGGCAGAACCAAGAGGAAGAAGAUUUUCGUCACAGGUGGCCUUGGAGCACAGCAGCUACUACGCAAGACGACUGCACUGUAUUGUCCCACCCCUUUCAAUCUCUUUGCACCUUCAACAACUCCCAUCAAAACCCCCCUUCCCCCUCCCCUUCCCCCCAGCACCACGCGGCGUCCAGUGCCCUUGGAGCACAACAUCUACUACUGCGGUCAACUGCACCGCAUCUUCGACCUUGGGGACAUGGACAGCAGUGACUGUCCAUCUGUGUCCACACGCCUCCCCUCUUACCCCCACUUGCCCCCCCUCCCCUCAGCACCACGCGUGCCCUUGGAGCACAACAUUUACUACGGCGGGCGCCUGCACCGCAUCUUUGACCGCGGGGACAUCGACAGCGCUGCUCUGCGCGCCGUGCACGCCGCACACAAGGCCAAGCACGCCCCCCCCGCGCAGCAGGCUGGAGGAGCCGGGCGAGGGGGCGGAGGGAGAGGAGGAGGGGGAGCAGGCGGGCAUGGGGGACAGCAGGGGAGAGGCGGGCAGGCGGGGCGGGGCGGCAGAGGAGGGGGAGGAGGGAGAGGGGGAGGGGGAGGAGGAGGAGGGGGAGGGGGGAGAGGGCGUGGGGCAGGGAUGGCAGCGGCGGGGAGGGCGAUAGCGGCGGCGAUGGGGGGAGGGGGAGGGGAUCGGUACCGGCGGUCGAUGGCGACUGAGUGGAUGCAGUUUGUGAACCUGCUCGGCAAACAGGAGCUGCUUCCUGUGGUGGUGUUCUGCUUCUCCAAGCGGCGUUGUGACGAGUCAGCGGACAGUCUGACCUCAGUGGACCUCACGUCAAAGAGUGACAAGAGCGCCAUCGUCAUGUUCUGUAACUCCGCCUUCGCACGCCUUAAGGGCUCUGAUAGGCAUCUGCCACAGGUGGAGCGCAUAUCGGAGCUGCUGCGGAGGGGCAUCGGGGUGCACCAUGCAGGGCUGCUGCCCAUCGUGAAGGAGGUCGUGGAGAUGCUCUUCUGCUCUGGCCUCAUCCGCGUGCUCUUCUCCACGGAGACAUUUGCCAUGGGCGUCAAUGCCCCUGCCCGCACUGUCGCCUUCCAUGCACUGAAGAAGCAUGACGGGCGCUCCUUCCGCAUGCUGCUGCCAGGGGAAUACACGCAGAUGGCCGGCAGGGCGGGCAGGCGAGGACUGGACAAGUUUGGCACGGUGAUCAUCUGCUGCUGGGAGGGCGAGGAGGUACCAAGUGAGGUGGAUCUGAGGCGGGUGCUGACUGGCAAGGCCACCAAGCUGGAGUCGCAGUUCCGCCUCUCCUACGCCAUGAUUCUCAACCUGCUGCGCGUCGAGGACCUCACAGUGGAAGACAUGUUGAAGCGCAGCUUUGCGGAGGCACAUGCACAGCGCCUGCUACCCCAGCAGCAGAAGAUGCUGCAGGCGGGCGAGCACGCCCUCGCCCAGCUCGCCAACGCCCAGCCCAUCAGCUGCAUCCUGGGCGACCCCUCGCUCAUAGAGCACUACUAUGACGUGGCAAGUGAGGCGCGUGAGCUGGAUGCAGCCCUGCAUGACGUGGUCAUGCGGUCCCGACAGGCCUCUCAGCUGCUGACACCUGGCAGGGUCGUAUUGGUGCAGCCGGCCGAGACGGCGUCACCCCACGUGGCAGCGCUGCUCAAGGGCCCGUUCGGCCCCACGCCAGCCAAGCACUCCUUCCUUGUGCUCUCCCUGCCGCGCUCCUCUGCUGCACAUGCACCGGGGGAGAGUGGGGAGAGCGGCGACGGACGCGGCGGCGAGGGCUCUGGGAAUGGACAGGCGGGGCGAGAGGAGGAAGGGAGGGAGGAGGAGACGAGGGUGGGUCGAUCCUUCAACCAGGUCACAGUGCUGGGCACGGGUCCCAACGGGCCUAUAGUCGUCAACAUGCGGUUACCGCAUCGCGGCACUGUAGCGGGCACGUGUUACACGGUGGAGCAGAUCCCUGCCGCCCAGCUCGUGGGGGUGUGCCGAGCCAAGGUUGCUCUGGAUGUGCCGAGCCUGCUGGAGGAGGUUCGGGUGCCGGCGUAUGCUGCAGUGGUGCAGGCGCUGGUUCAGGUUCGGGAGGAGUGUGCUCCUGCCGACCCUCCCCUCAUCAACCCCAUCAAAGACCUCAAGAUCGCUGACUCAGCAACGGCAGCCAUGCACAAGCGCCAGCUGGCACUACGGGAGUUGCUGCCACGCAGCCCGUGCCAUGCGUGCCACCGAUUGGACGAGCACUACACUGCGGUCGCCUCUCGCCGCCAGCUGUCGCAACAGGUGGAGCAGCUCAAGGCAAUGACGAGCGACCAGGCACUGCAGCAGCUGCCAGAUUUCCACCUGCGGGUGGAGGUGCUUCAGACCCUGGCCUUCAUAGACUCAGAUCGCAUAGUGCAGCUCAAGGGGCGGGUGGCGUGUGAGAUGAACAGCGCUGACGAGCUGCUCGCCACCGAGUGCCUGCUCAACCACCACCUCGCCGCCCUCUCGCCGCCCGCUGCUGUCGCGCUGCUCUCGGCGUUUGUUUUCCAGCAAAAGGACGCGUCGCCGCCCCAGCUCACUGCGGAGCUGGCCCAUGCGAGGAACAAGUUGCUGGACCUGGCAUACUUCCUGGGCGACCUGCAGAGGCGAGUGGGGCUGCCCACAUCAGCAGAAGAGUAUGCAGCAGCCACUCUCAACUUUGGACUCAUGGAGGUGGUCUACGAGUGGGCUCUGGGCACGCCAUUCGCUGACAUCUGUCCGCUGACCAACGUGGCCGAGGGAACUAUCGUGCGCACCAUUCUUCGGCUCGAUGAGACAUGUCGAGAGUUCCGCAGUGCCGCUAGGCUGCUGGGGAAUGCAGAGCUCAUGGCAACCAUGGAGGCGGGAUCUGCUGCCAUCAAAAGAGACAUUGUAUUUGCUGCCUCACUUUAUGUCUCAUGA